AUGGCUUAUAUCUGGACGCACACGCCCUCUCUGCAGCGCUCCCUUCGCCGCUCCAACUCGUGUGGUGAGCUCGCUUCAGGGCACCAUGAACAUUUGGGAGUAGGGCGAAGCGAGGGGGAGCGGAGGGAGGGGGUCGAGGGGGGGAUGGAGGUGGGAGAACAGGGUAAUGGGGGUGUGGGAGGGUGGGGGAAGGGGAGUGGGAGUGGGGGAGGGUGGGGGAAGGGGAGUGGGAGUGGGGGAGGGUGGGGGAAGGGGAGUGGGAGUGGGGGAGGAUGGGGGACAGGGAGUUGGGGAGGCAAGAGGGAGGUGGCGGAGGCUGCAGUAGCUGUGGCGGGCGGAGGGAGGGGGUGGGGUAGGAAGGGCGGGAUGUGGGGAGGGUUUUUCUCUGGGCAGCUGGGGCAGACGCAGGGUGGGUUUUGGGGUGGAGAUGAGCAGCAGCAGAGGCGGGGGGGAGGGGAGGAGGAGGACAGUGAUGACAGCGACGAUUUCCUGCCGCCCGGUUUCUCGGCGCCGCUUGUGUACAGUGCGUAUGAGGUAAAAACGCCUUAUCUGCCCGAGCCUCUGGAGGCUGCCGAGGCUCGGGAGGCUCAGGAGGCUCUGGAGGAUCGGGAGCAUGGCCCUGUGCAGGCUUCUUGUGUGCGGCCGCCUCCCGCUGACAUGCAGCGGCGCCUCGUGUCCAUCUCCGACCCCCGCGACCUGCCCUUCAGAGUGCCUGUCGCAGCCUCGGUUACAACCCUCCCGUCCUUUGCAGAAUACCGGGCGAAACUGGCCCUGGAGAAUGGUGCGGGUGGGGGUGUUGGCAGGGGUGGUGGUGUUGGUGCGAGUGGGGAAAAAGGGGAGAGGAUGGGGGAGGGUGUUGAGGGGGUGGAGCGGGUGGUUGGGAGGAAGAGGGGCAAAGGUCGUGGAAUGAGGAGGGAAGCGAGGGGUGAGUGCGAAAAACGGAAUGUGGGAAGGGGGGAUAAGGGGAAUGUGGAGAAGCAAAAGGGGGAUAAGGAGAAGGGGGGCAUGGAGAAUGGGGACAAUGGGAAGGGAGAUUUGAAAAAGCGGGAUAAGGACAAGGUGGGAGUGAGGAGGAGGCACCUUGUAAGAAGCUUCUUGCUUCCUGAAACUGUAAGCGAGCAUGGAGAGGGGGAGAGUGGUGCAGUGGCGGCAUCUGCUUAUGACGCGUCUAGGGAACAAGCAGAAGGGGCGAGCAGUGGAGAGGAGAGAGGGAAUAAGUUGAUUGCAGUGGAGGAAGGAGAGGGGGAGAGCGGUGGAGUGGAGGCAUGUGUUUAUGAGGCGCCUCGGGAACAGGCAGAGGGGGCGAGCAGUGGAGAGGAGGAAGAAGGUACGACUAAUGGCCUGCAGGGCUGCAGUGGGCGAUCUGACUGCAUGGGGGACAAAGCUGUUACCGAGACCCUCUAG